GUUCACACCACUCGUCAGCCUGGUUAAAGGGUCAAUGGCUUUAGCUUUGGCGCCUCAAUUCCAGCAGUAAGGCUGAGGCCGAGUUGAUGGCAGUGGAAGCCACGGUUAGGCCGAUGGUGCAGGGAUCGUUGCAGCCGAGUUCCGAGGUGCAACAAGGCGGAGGUGCAGGGGCUUCAGGCGCAGCUGAUCAAGGUCACUUUCCGGCGCAGAAGGUUGCACUUUAUGAGCUGCUGCUGCGCCAGCUGCAGGACGAUGGCUUUGAGGCCGAGGUCCAGGCUCUCACUUCCCAGCUCCAUCUUCAUGCUAACAAUCAAGUUGAGAAGGAUGCGCUCUUGGAUAUCUACACGAAAAGCUUGAAAUGGGCUUUUGGUGACCAACCACAGGGGGAGUGGCAACCGCUCCACUGCACUCCGGUGCCCCCUCUUGGGCCACAAGAGAAGGUUCUCGACCUUGAGGGAAUGCCGAUUCCAACAGGUACUUCUCAGACUCCAGAUCCUAGCAAGAAACCUCCGGAAGUCAGGUUGCUGUACACAGCUUCACACAAGUCACACUGUCGUUCUGUGGCCUUUUCGACCGAUGGGCGAUUCUGUGCUACAGGCUGCACAGAUGGUAGCAUCAAACUUCUGGACACCGCGAAAAUGCGAGUCUGCGCGGCGAGCACUGAGGGACCAGUCGGUCGCAUGCGUGUGACUGAAGAGGAGCUCAUGAAACCGAUCGUCCGUGUUCUUCAGGACCACAUUCAAGGUGUUUCAUGCUUAGCUUUCCACCCCACGAACCCCACACUCUUUUCCGGCUCCUCGGACAAGGCAGUGAAGAUCUUUGACCUGACCAGACCCCCUGGCCACAAAAAGGCUUUCUCAGUGCUGCAAGAUGUUUACGCUGUCAACAGCAUUUGUAUCCAUCCCUGUGGUGACUUCCUUUUCGUCGGCACGGCGCACCAGGCCGUGCGGAUGUAUGACCUGCAGACCUUGAGCUGCUUCACGAGCUCCCACCAAGAUCAGCACCAUUCAGCAGGAAUCAAUAACCUGAGAUGCACCAGUGACGGAAAGAUUUUGGCUACAGCUUCUGCCGAUGGGUCCAUCAAACUCUGGGAUGCGGUCAACAACAGCGUCGUGAACGCUUUGCCCCAGGCCCACAGUGGUUCUUCGGUGACGUCAGUUCGAUGGAGUCGCAGCCUCCGCUACUUGCUAUCUUCUGGGAACGACGGCAGGCAUAGACUUUGGGAUGUGCGCAUGGGCAAAGAGGUCUUCUGCAUGGGCUUCGGUCCGCGCUCCGCCGACUUCGGCACGGCCGCGUUCGUCAAUGGAGAGAAGUACAUUGCAGCCGCCAACAGCAAUGUGCGCUUGAGUGAUGUGAGCCUUUUCGAUUCAACCACAGGAUCACCCGUAUUUAUGAAAAUGGGUAUGCACUCGGUCCCGAUCCAUGCGCUUGAGACUUCGCCAGUUGACAGGACACUGAUGACGGGCUGUGAUGAUGAGAAAGGCAGAUACUUCAGCAUUGAGGACAAGUCAUGAGAGGAGCCGCUGAGAAAAGCCAUGGUCGUAG